UAGUAUUCUAAAACAAGUAAAAAAAAAUAUUUAUAAAUUUAUUUUUUUUAUAUUUGAAUUGAGUAAAUAAAAGCGUUUCCAUUAACAUAACCUAUAUUCGGUUCGAAGAGCUUGUGAGAUGACUCCUAAGAUGCCUAGCUUAGGGCUAGCGAUCGGGUCGCAGGUUGCGGAUAGCGAAUGGCCUUCCAACUUAAGCAAGCUUCCGCACAUUUCCGAAGGAGAUUUCAACAACGUUCUCCCGAACACCAUAACCAGCACCCUGAGGACUCUUGGGGUAGAUCCCCUGGUGGGACUCAUUGACCAGCUGCUAACCUGCAGAACAGUGAUGUCCUCACUAGGUACAUCUUCCUUAAGAAGGACCGUCAGUAGAGGCACACCGCAAGCUGUCAAGCCGAUUCUAUGCAAGAUGAAAGAGGAUGGCUGCAGAAUAGUGGCAUACGCGGACGCGAUCCUCUUCACAAGAAAAUACCUUCAGACGCUUUGUGGUCUUAUGAACACAAAAUUGCGAACCCUAGCCCAAUUGGAAAAACAGUAACAAGCAAAAGUAGCGGCUAUCAGGCUAAGGGAAACCCACACAACCCAGAAACAGACGGACAUACUUACAUCGACUCAGGAGGUGAUUAAAAAUAAAUAUUGCAAGUACAAAAAUAUAUGAAUGGAUAUGAAUAUACAAAAUAUUAACAUGAUAAUAUUAUUAUUUCUGCUCUGUGAGAAAAUAAAUAUGACAUUAAAAUAUCAUAUAUGUAUA